UGAUUCCGCAUCGCACUUUUCGAGCAACUGCUCCGGGGAUUGCCCUUUUUCACGGCUGCCCCAAUCCCAGGCGCGGAAGAUUCGCAGCGAAUCCAUCGAGCCUCCUGCAAAAUGAGCGGCAACAUUCGCGACUUGAUUGACGGCGAAGCCGAGCUUGACGAGGAGGAGGACGAUGAGUCAUUUGAUGAGGAUGCUGACGAAGUCCGCAAGAGACCUGCUGCUGCGGGGAUAGACGAUUCGAGCGAGGAGGACGACGAUGAUGAAGACGAGGAGGAAGCUCGAAGGAUCCGAGAAGGAUUCAUCGUCGACGAGGAUGAGGAUGAGGAGGAAGGUGAGGAUGCUAACGAGCGAGAGCGCCACAACAAGAAGAAGAAGCGUCGGCGUGCUGAGCGCGAGGAAGAGGAGCAGCUUGACGAAGAGGAUCUCGACCUCAUCGGCGAGGCAAUUCCUGAAUGGGAGCGCAAGUCGCAGACCCAACAGACUAAGUUCAAGCGACUUAAACGGGGCCAUCGAGACGAAGAUCGCGGCACCGAGCGCCGGGGUCUCGCGGAGAUUUUCUCAGACGAUGAUGACGAGAUUAACGACGAUCGACCUUACGGCCGCCCGAGCCACCGGGUCCAGGCGGAUGAGUUCGACGACUUCAUCGAGGAUGAUUACCCCGAGGACGACGAAGAGCGCAUUCAGCGGCAGGAGGAUAUGGAAGUUGCCCGCCCAAAAGACAAGGGACUUACCGUUGAUACGACUGGCCUCGAUAAAGAUGCUCUCGAUGACAUGGAGGCCAUUUUCGGCAACGGCGAAGAGUACGAUUGGGCUUUGCAGAUGGAGGAAGAGGAGGAGGAUCGCGAGCGCGAGGAGCAGACUAUUGAGCUGAAGGAUGUGUUCGAACCUUCUCAGCUCACCGAGAAGCUUCUUACGGACAUGGACAACGAAAUCCGCGUUAACGACGACCCCGAGCGAUUCCAGCUUGAUCGCAGGCAAUUUCCCAACCUCGUCAUCACAGCCGAGCAGUUUAAAGAAGAGGCGCGGUGGAUCACGAAUCUCAUGUGGCCAAAGAAAGCGCUGCACAAAGAGCUCCACGGCGCAUUUAACAAGGCUAUCGGGAAAGUGCUCGAGUUUUUCGUCAUCGACGGAGUUGAAGUCCCUUAUGUCUUUCAACACCGGCGCGACUAUCUCAUCCAUGCGAAGAAGAUUCGGAACCAAAACCACCGCGAUGAUCCCGAUGCCCCCGAGUACACGGUUGAUGCCGAAAAGCUUCUUACACAGGAUGAUUUGUGGCGUAUUCUAGACCUUGAUAUCAAGUUCCGGUCGUUGGUCGAGAAGAGAAAUGUGCUCGAAGACACGCUCAGGAAGCUCAAGGAAUAUGCUGGAGUCCAGGACGAAAUCAUGCAGGACAUGAUUUACGAUGCGGCAACAAUUGAAGAGUUGCAAGAUCUGCAAGACUAUCUCAACUUCCAAUACUCGGCUGAGCUGAAAGACGUUUCCGCGAUGGGUAACAGUGUGUUGAGGGAGCUCAAGCGGCCGGGAGCAAAGACGGCCCUUUUUGAGCGCAUUCGGAAGGCGAAGGUGUACGGGUUUGUGCGCGCGUUUGGCAUAUCCCCAGAUCGUCUCGCCCUAAAUGCCCUCCGAGAAAGCAAGAAGGUGUCUCCGGAUGAUGACGAGAAGUUGCCCUUGGGCCUGGCCGACAGCCUGAUAGACAACGAAUUCCCCUCUGGAGAUCAGGUCAUCAACGCUGCUCGCCAGCUGUACGCCGAAGAGCUAUUUGUCAGUCCGAGAAUGCGAAAGCAUUUCCGGGAGGCCUACUACGAGCUCGGCUGGGUGAGCUGCCGCCGGACAGAGAAAGGACUGCGCAAGAUUGAUGAAUCGCAUCCUUAUUACGAGAUCAAGUACCUUGUCCAGCAAGAACUCCGCGACCUCGCAAAGCGGCCUGAGAUCUUCCUUAAAAUGAUGAAAGCCGAAGAGGAGGGCCUUGUGGAGGUCCGCCUCAGCCUGCAGAAUGAAAGCGAAUUUAGGCAAAGGCUCUACAAUGACUUUGCCUCGGACAACUUUAGCGACCUUGCAGAUGCGUGGAAUACUGAACGCCAAAAGGUUCUAGAUAUCGCCUUCUCAAGGCUCGAGAAGGUGAUCACCAAGGGCGUCAAGGACUCGCUCCGGACAGCUUGCCAGGAGGAACUUCUAAAAACGUGCCGCGAGGAGUACUUCAAGAGACUGGAUCAGGCGCCUUUGAAACCCAAGGGUAUGAUUCUUGGAACAAUGCCGCGGGUACUGACUCUGUCAAACGGCAUGGGCGAUCCGAAUCGCGACCCUGUAUCCUGGACUUGGGUAGAAGAAGACGGCAGGGUUCUUGAGCACGGCAAGUUUAUCAACUUGGGCCGGGACGAGAGCCAGCGUGAGGCCUUUACCGAGCUGGUCCGGCGGAGACGACCCGAUGUCGUGGGUAUUUCGGGUUUCUCGGCCGACACCAACCGACUUGUGAAGGACGUCGAGAACCUGAUCAGCGAGAAGGGACUCAUGGGCACUGAGUACGAGGAUCCUGAAACGAGCGAGUAUCGAAGCGACUUGCUCGAGGUCAUAGUCGUCAACGACGAGGUAGCCCGGCUCUACAAGGACAGCCCCCGUGCCGUUGCGGACCACCCGACCUUGAACCCCCUGACACGUUACUGCAUCGCCCUGGCAAGGUACAUGCAGAACCCCAUGAAGGAGUAUGCCGCGCUUGGAAGAGAUAUCACUUCGCUAUUAAUUCACCCAUACCAGCAAUAUCUUCCCCAAGAUAAACUCUUCAGGCAUCUCGAGACGGCCAUGGUCGACAUGGUCAAUCUUUGUGGUGUCGAUAUCAACGAGGCGGUAGCUGACGCUUACACGGCGCAUCUCCUUCCCUAUGUUGCUGGCCUGGGUCUGCGAAAAGCAACCCUCCUUAUCAAGGGCAUAAACGCUAACGGUGGUGUCGUCAGCUCGCGCGAUGAGCUCGUCGGCGACCCCGAGCGGCACAAGCUCCCCGUCCUUGGCCCGCGCGUCUGGAACAACUGCGCAAGUUUCCUUUUCAUUGAGUAUGACACGACAAAUCCCGACUCGGACCCUCUUGACAAUACCAGAGUCCACCCUGAGGACUACGACUUGGCGCGCAAGGUUGCGGCCGAUGCUUUGGGGCUAGACGAGGAAGAUGUCAAGGCCGAAACCGACGAGAAUGGCGCAGGCGCAAUUGUUCGCAAACUUUUCAAAGAGGACGAGCAAGAAAAGGUCAACGAGCUCAUCCUCGAGGAGUAUGCGGAGCAGCUCGAGAGGGAGUACCAGCAACGCAAAAGAGCUACUCUUGAGACGAUUCGGGCGGAGCUUCAGGUGCCAUACGAGGAGCUCCGAAAGAACUUUGCGACGCUAGGUGCGGACCAGAUCUUUACCAUGUACACGGGCGAGACCAAAGAGUCGCUCUGCGAGGGCAUGAUCGUGCCGGUCAACGUGCGCGUUGUAAAGGACGACUUCGCCAUCGUCAAGCUAGACUGUGGGAUCGAGGGCAGGAUUGAAUCUCACGAGGUUUCUUACCGCCACUCGAUCAAGGAAUUGCUUGCGGUCGGACAAACCAUCCAGGCCAAGCUUGUAGACCUCAACCGGAAAGAGUUUAUCUGUAAGCUCUCGAUGAGGGAGGAAGAACUGCGGCGGCCGUACCGAAAACAUGUAGACCACAACCAUGGGCAGUGGGACUACAAGCUUGAGGAUCGAGACAGGGAGGAGCUACGUGAAAAAGACAAAGUCACGGGCCGAACACAAAGGGUCAUCAAGCACCCCCUUUUCAAGCCUUUCAACAGCACACAAGCCGAGGAGUACCUGGGCGGUCAGCCUGCCGGCGAGGUCGUCAUUCGACCUUCAUCAAAGGGAAAUGACCACCUUGCUAUCACCUGGAAGGUUGCCGACGGCGUCUAUCAACAUGUCGACGUUCUCGAGCUGCAGAAGGAGAACGAGUUUUCUGUUGGCCGCAGCCUUCGGGUCGGCAGCAAAUACCAGUACUCGGAUCUGGACGAGCUGAUCGUCGACCAUGUGAAGGCAAUGGCCAGGAAGGUAGACGAGCUUGUCCAGCAUGAAAAGUUCCAAAAGGGAUCUCGUGCGGAUCUCGAGAAAUGGCUGACGACGUACAUCGACGCCAACCCCAACCGAUCUGCCUAUGCCUUCUGCAUAGACACGAAGCACCCUGGCUACUUUUUCCUGUGCUUCAAGGCAAGCCGGAGUUCCAGAGUGAACUCGUGGCCGGUCCGGGUAGUGCCGCAGGCAUACGAAUUGAUGAAGAGCCAGUAUCCCGACAUGAGGGCCCUUUGCAAUGGCUUCAAACUACGCUACCAGAGCGAGCAGUUGAAGAUGCAAGGUGGGCGGUAAGGAGACGACGCUCUCUCGUUUUAGUAAACUAUUUUUUGUUUCAUAAUGGUCCUAGUUUUAGAGAUUCGGACGCUCGGAUUUAGGACGAGACAUGGGAUGCGGAAAUGGACAGUGUGUUUUUGAGCAGCAACCUUUGGUAUAGUCCUGGGCUAGCUAUUUCUAAGUGAUGAUCCGUAGCGACAGAAUAGUGUAAUGCUUACUGCGUCGUCGAUAGCAGCUUGCGGCCUGACCAACAGCAGAUUACCCAUCCCGUUGUGCAUGGAUGGGAUUGAGGACCUCGUUUAUUUUGGGAGGACGCUUACGAGACGAUGCGGCCAGAUUACCUGGACUAACUACCUUUAGUGUCCACGUAUUCCGGAUGGGAG